UAUGUAAAAUAAAUUCUAAUUUGGUGCCGUCUUGACCGAGAAAAGGCAGAAAGUGACUUUUUGGCGCUUGUGGAUUGAAGACAACUACUCCCACCAUGCACCACGAUGCACAGCUUCGCUGACCACUCCCGCUGAUCUAGAUCUCCGCCUAUCGGACACCACGCUGUCCAAUCUACCAAGCUGAUACCGCAAGACUGCUUGAAAAUCAUUUCACACAACAUUUCUAGUGAAGAGUAUUAGUUGGUGAACUCAGUGAAUUAGUCCUACUAGAACUCUAGAAGAAUUAGUCCUAGUACAGUUUUAUCAACAGCCUCUGUUAGCUUAGCCUCAGACGCUGUGGAUGUUAGUUUCUGCUGGUGAAGACCCACCCACUGGCACUGCUCUAAUAGGUCUGUAGCAUCAGUGGGUCCCACCCGGUGCUUGUAGUCUUACAAGAAUCCUCCCCUCUUACACUUCCUAUUUACUUCUACGCAAAAAUCGUCAUAUUGCGUCAUCUUAAACAGGAAGUGUUGGAGAUCGAUACGGAUCUCUCCAGUCUCUCCAGAAAAUAAGGGAAUGAUGCACGACCAUUCAAAAAUAUGAGUGGGUUACUAACAAAACAAAGCUUAAUGGAAAUGGGUGAAGUUUCCCUUUAAGCAACACAACACAAUACAGUAAUUCACAGAAUAAACGUACACAAUACUACAAUUAUUUAGUGUCAAACUACUUUACUUAUAGAGCAACGCCAUCUUGUGGAAGACAAAGUUUGAGCCAAUUUUAUUCUUUGUACUUGAAUAAACCUUUGCUUUUUCUUCUUUCUCCCCCCACCUUUCCUCUCUUCCUCCUCUCCUGACAGAGCUGUACAGACGGUGCUCUGUGUCUCAGUCUAACCUCAGUAUGACCUGUGACCUCGGUUUUAACACCUGCCCUUCAACACUCUUCAGAUGUAAUCUAUCCAUUUAUCUUUCUGUCUGUCCGUCUGUUUUCUUAAGUUGUUGAUUACACUGUAUUAAAGCAAGUUUUUUAACAACAUUUACAAUUUUAAUGUUAAUUGUUAUGGAUUCAUGUUUGUUCUGACAACUUUGUAUAUGUCUGAUGUCAAUAUGUGUGCUGUUUAAAGAUGUUUAGCAAAUAUUUUAGCUUAUUAAAGAACACAUAUGGGGCCCUAUUUUAACGGUCUGAAACGCAAGUGAGAAGUGCCAAGCAUAAGUAACUUUUUGGGCAGUUCUAUGGCGAUGUCGCUAGUUUACCAGCACAAAAAAUGACUCUUGCGCCAGGCGCAAAUCUAAAAAGGGUUGGUCUGAAGUAGCCUAAUUACCCGUAGGUGUGGUUUGGGCAUAACGUGCAAUAAACCAAUGAGAGUGCCAGCUCCCAUCCCCCUUAAAGGGACACUGUAAUAUUUUAAGUCAUUUAUUACCUCAAAUCAACGUAUUAAUUCAUAAAUAAGUCCUCAUUGGUGUAAAAUUAUCUCUGCCAAAAAUCUCACUUAUCCUCCUGAGCGAAGAAUAAUUAAUAUGUAGUUACAUAGGAUGGGUAAGCUUCAUGGAGGCUUCCAUGUUCUUCCGGUCUAUGAACUGCCGAGAGGGACAAAAAGCCCUACGUGGUACAGGAAAUGCAAAAGCGUUUUCACUCUGAGCCAGCGUGAAUGAUGACUGAAAUAAUUCACUAUCUUGCUCGAGGAGUAAUUACUCAUACAACGUCAUGACACAGCUUCUUGGCACAUACUGCCCACCGUAAUUUUUGAACAAGCGAGCACUAUUAGUUUGAAUCCAAUAUACAAUUGUACCACUAGAUGGGAGUAAUUUUUACACAGUGUCCCGUUAAGAGCCAUGAGUGCAUUUGAAUCUGACGAGUUGAUAUUUUGACAGCGCGUCUGCAAUCUCCAAUGAGACAGAUGCACAUGAAUUUCAAACUUCAAAGGGCUCAGUUCAUGGCCAAAAAAUACGGCCUAAUUCACACAUAAAAUAAGGUUUACUCCAACAACUUCAGAAAUAAACGUAUAUGAUAGAACAUAUGAUAUGCGGUAACUGUGGUUAUAUUUAAUGAUAUACGCAAUACAUUAUAAACAUUGUUUCUUAUCAGUAUUGUAUGCAUUAUCGUUAUCGACUUGUGUUCCUAAUAUGCAUGUGUCCCCCCGUUAAUAUACAUUGCCAUGGACUGUAUUAUGCGUUACGUGUUUAGUUUGCCUGUGUUUAAACAGAGUGACACGCACACACGCGCACCCGCAUUCAUUCAUUCUUUUACACAUACACACACGCGCGCCCGCAUUCAUCCAUUCUUUUUAACACUCACUUGCGGUAAAACAAUGUUUUCUCACGAUCAAAUACUCAAUCCUAAAAGUUAUGGGCAGGUACAGGAUGUCUGUGUCAAGAAAAUAUGUGUUUUGCUGUACGGUGUUUGCAGAUGCAUUGAUUUAAAAGUACAACUUAUUACCGCUGUAUCAGCUGUUCUUUCCCAAAUAAUUUACCAAGAAUGUGUGGCUAGGUAGAUGAGGGAAGCAAAGUGUAUGUGCGAGGAGCACAAGCAACAUUAUGAAUUGUGGCGCAAGUGGUUUCUUAAACUGCCAAAUAGCACCAGGGAACGUUUGCGCCAAAACACGCCUCCUCCUUUCGCCGAACCGCCCCUUGGGGCGCAAGAUCAUUCCCUAAUUUACCGACGCGUGGCGCAGAAGGGAAAAGAACGCUCUGCGCCAGUUGCAAACUAGCAACGACACAUGCGUCAGUUGCAAACUAGCAACGACACAUGCGUCAGUGAUUAAGUCAAUUGCGCCGGAUGCAAGAUAGGGCCCAUAGUGUGUUGCUUGAGAGGGUGGGACCCUAUACUAUAUGUGUGGGGCUGGGUGUGAGGCCAGUUGAUGAUGUCACUUCUUGUGUGCCAGAGUUGUAUGGAGAGUUGGUCGAAUGUCAGCUGGAACUGUUGUUAUAACUGGAGGGAUUCUGGCCACAGUGAUACUGCUGUGUAUCAUAGCUGUGCUCUGCUACUGUCGACUCCAGUACUACUGCUGUAAGAAGAAUGGCGGCUCAGACACCAGCUCAACGUCCCAGCCUCCUUUCCCCUGCAGCACCCUCUCCCCCAUCUCCCCCUGUGAGCUCCCGGGGGCCUGUUCCUCUUCCUCCUCCUCCUCCUCACUCCCUGCGGCGGCCCGUCGUCAAGGCUACUGCCCCACCUGCUCACGGUACGACUCGCCCUUCUACAUCCGCACCAGCGAUGAGAUGCUCAAUGGAGGGGACCAUGUCACUUGCAUGCCCACGCACUACGAGAACCAGGCCCUGGCCAGACCCCUGCCUGCCCUGCCUGGAUCCCUGAUGAGGGAGCCUCGGCGGGGAGGCACGCCCCAGCCACAGUUCUACACCAACACGCGAGCCAUUAGCACUCAGGUGUGACUCCAGACUCUAGUGACAAGUUCAUCCAAUUGGCUUUUUAGGACCUUGUUGGGCGUGGUUCAGGUUCUUGUGAACUGGGACUUUUGUUGGACUGCGUUUAAAGGUCCCAUGACAUGCCACCAGGUGUAGUGUGAUUAGCCGUUACAAGCCGUUUUGGACUUAUCUAUCCAGUACACAUCUAGGUGGACACGCCCACCUGUGAUGUCAUAGGGGCAGAUUUCCAAAACAGCUUGUAACGGCUGGUGGCAUGUCAUGGGACCUUUAAGCAGCGAUCAUGAUGACGACCCUAAAUAUGGAGUAAGCCCGGCAAUGGUGUCGUCACACCACUCCAUCGUUCAUCGGCAAACCAAUCACUGCUCUGUUUGACGGCCCAAUUAACAAUGUGGUUUAUUGUUGCCAUCUCAGUAGUUAAGGCGGGAAAGGUGCCGCUUAUUAUCUGAUAACUGAUACCAGAUAAAAGGUUUUCUUAGGCUUAAAUCAUUACGUUAUACCUAAUUCAAUGUGAACAACUUACAGAGGAAGCCUUUUAGAGCAUUUAAGCCUUGAUCAAAUUUGUUCAACUAGAUGUCUUCAUCCAACCAGGGCUACCUGAAAUAUAGAUCACCUCUUGAGGUGUAGUGUGUUUUAAUGCUAGUGAGAGGACAUUCUGCUUUGGACAAUAUCAUUUAUUACCAGGGUCUAUCUUUGUGGGCUUGGAGGGUACUAUAAAAAAUAGGAUAUGUCUUCUUUGGGCAUGAGUGGUUUUUCUAUCACCAAGUAAGACAAAACUAAAGGGUAUCAAAAUAAGAACCCAGUUGUGAUGUCCCAACCAGGUUUAAUUUAACAAUCGACUACAUCUUCAAUUUACAUUACCAUGCCCUUCUAGGGAAUGAUUGAGGCGCCAGAAUAAUUGUUUGCGUAGCAACCAAUGCGAAGUGGACUAGGAAAAGCAAUACUAUCAUCCAUCACCUCAAUAAUAUUCAUAGAAGUCGCCAAAACAGGCUGUUUCUUUAUAGAAGUCAAUGCCCCUGGGAAGAUAAAAGAUAAUAAUAAUGUAAAGCUCCCCAAAAACAUAUUGAUGGAAAAACACUGAUCUUAUCUGAGGUAGGACCAAUUAUUUAUAUAUUGCCUUUCCUUGUUACCACUGCUACCCUUGCCCUGUAUUGUUAUAUUGAAUAUCAUAGACAAUGUAACAAUGUUGUUUUAUUUGGAGAACUAUAGCAAGGAAAAAGCUUUCGUUGAAAACAAAUCAUUUUAGGGACUUCCUGGAUUGGAGGAAGACCAGUAGAAUUGUGGGGGAUAGUGGUUUGGGGAAGUGCUGAAUAUUAACUUAAAGCAUGAAGAUGCAGCUAGAUGAAAUUUUCGGGUUGUCGCUUACCAUGAUGCAUUGCAUUCCCUCCAGAUCCUUACCCUGUCUUUUAACACACCAAACCUUCACCUCAACGUACUUUAGACCUGAAACAAUCACCCAACCAUAAUCAUAAUCUAGUAGUUAAACUAUUUUCAUGUCAUGUCCAAUC